AUGGCCAGCAAGAUCACCGAGUGGGUUAAGUCCGGCGACAAGUCCGGCGAGUUCAAGCGUCAGCAAAGCUCGUUCCGUGACUCGAUCUCCCGGGAGAAAGGCGUCAAGUUUCAAGCUGAGAAGGGCCGCUAUCAUCUCUAUGUCAGCUAUGCUUGUCCUUGGGCCUGCCGUACCUUGAUCACCCGCCAGCUCAAGGGUCUAGAGGACAUCAUCAGCUACUCCGUUGUCCACUGGCACCUAGGAGAGAAAGGAUGGCGCUUCGUCACCAAGGGCGAGCAAGAGAGCGUCCCCGGUGACAAUGUCGUCCCAGACCCCAUCCAGGGCCACGAGAAUUUCACGCACCUCCGCGACGUUUACUUCGAGUCAGAGCCCAAUUACGAGGGCCGCUUCACUGUCCCGGUGCUGUAUGACAAGAAGCUUAAGACCAUCGUUAGCAACGAAAGCAGCGAGAUCAUCCGCAUGCUCUACACCGAGUUUGAUGACCUCGUGGACGAAAAGUACCGUCGAGUCGACCUCUACCCUGAGACUCUCCGCACCCAGAUUGACGAGACAAACGAGUGGACGUACGACAAGAUCAACAACGGCGUCUACAAGUCUGGUUUCGCCACGACGCAGGAGGCAUAUGAACGCAACGUCGUCGCUCUUUUCAAGGCUCUCGACAAAGCCGAGGCGCACCUCAAGUCGACAUAUAGCGAGGGCCCAUUUUACUUUGGAAAGGUUACCACUGAAGCGGAUAUCAGACUCUUUGUCACCAUUAUUCGAUUCGAUACGAACAUACGCGAUAUCCGUUCUGGAUACCCUUUCCUUCACAGGUGGAUGCGUAAUCUCUACUGGAAUGUCCAAGCCUUCCGCGACACGACCCAGUUCGAGCAUAUCAAGUGGCACUACACCAAGAGCCACACUCAUAUCAACCCUUUCUCCAUCACUCCAGUCGGUCCUUUGCCUGAUGUUCUCCCCCUCGACGAGGAGGUUCCGGCAGUCAGCACAAAACUGUAA